AUGAUUUUAUUUGGAAUUACAUGUACCUUGCAACGUGGUUUGGGUGAAUCAUAUUGCAAAAUGUCCUUUAUUCAAGUUUCUCAUGAUAACCAUUUUCCCAUUCAGAAUAUUCCUUAUGGAGUAUUUUCCACGUCAGAUGAUGUGAGGGAGUAUAGAUCGAGAGGUGUUUCCUCUACGGCCGCGCACUUUCAUGUCAGAUUUCAUCUAUGUUAAUCUUAUUAUUUUCAGCCACGGCAUCGUGUGGGUGUUGCCAUAGGGGACUAUGUGCUGGACCUCACCGAGAUUGCCGAUCUCUUUACUGGUCCUAUAAUGUCCCAGAAAAAAUCGUCUCUUCAAGGGGUAAGAAAUAACUCGCUUUUAAAGUCCAAUUUAUAUUAUGGGGAACACAUCUCAGUUUACAGGUUCGCUGUUGGUUCAGUUAGACUCAUUCUGGUGAUUUUUACAGAAUAGGCAGUAUUUUUAAAUAAGAUAAUGGACAUGUAAGCCAUUUGUUUCAAAUUUUAGAAAACCUACAGCUGUAAAUACAUAUUACACCAAGGCUCCCUUCGAUUACAAAAAGAGGGCUUGGGAUAGGGGGUGGGGCGUGGGAGGUGUCUCCUGCAUAGUGGUCCUUUGCAUAAGCCGUAUUGGCUUCCUUAAGCUACCUUGCCCGCUGAUAUUUGCUAAUGAAUUAUUCUUUUGUAUAUUUAUGGAAAUCUAAUGAACUGACAAGGCAAAACAAUCCACUAAAUUAAUUAUAGUUAUAGCUAAAUGCUGUAUGAUUCACCCUCAGUUUGUCAUAUUUGCUCAUAUUUGCAGUCAGUUAAGAGAAUUUUAUUAUUGGAUCUGGGUAAUUAAAGGGUUUAAACAAAAAGUCAAGAUUUGUGGAGACUCCUUAAUCAAACCAGAAAACAAAUUUUAGUUGAUGUGCAAGACAACUUGCAUGUAAUGUUGUCAAACUUGCAAUGUUAUCUGCAGCAAGUGCUGAAUGGCUUCAUGGGUCUUGGGAAAAAGGCAUGGAAAGAAACAAGGGACACAUUGCAACGUAUUUUGUGCAGCAGUGAGGUAAGUACACAGCUUAGCAAUCCUGUAACAUACUUCUAUUGUCAAUAAUAAUUGCACCUUUUGCUUGGAAAGAGUGCAUGAUCAAUUCAUUGUACAUGUCAGAAGUGCUUCCUCACACCAUUUGUUAUAAAAUGAUUGUAAAUUAUUGAUCAAUAAAAUGUAAAUACUUUUUACUGUGGAUUAGUUUACUAUGGUUAUAGGUUAAACAAUCUACAACCUUCAUUAAAAUAAUGAAGCAAGAUAAAGACUGGGCCAGAGAGGACCAACUCAUUGGCAGCCAGUGAGGAAUUAGGGAUGACUCUACUGCGAUUGAAUGUGGUGUGAAUAAGAAGCCAUGCAUUCUAUGGCUUUAUUGCUACAGUUACAUUUAUGAAAGAAGUUUUCUUGUUCAGUAAUAAAAGUAGAAAGUGAGCUAGGUUGAUAGGGGUGUUAGGUCCUAUAUUUUGGUUAUGAUUUAAUUAUUCUCAGCUUGAAAUGGGAAGUAAAUGAUUCAUGCUGUAACUCGUAUUUUGUUAAUAAGAAUCCUAGGUCUUCAUACCAGUUUUUCUAACUUUUUUAUAGGGAGUUCUUAGAGAUGACUCAAAGCGGCAAUCCAGGUGACAUGUAAAUUUCAGUCAUGAAUUACUUAAUUUUUUAUGGACUAUGUGGUACUUUUUGUCUAAGAACUCUAGAUUAUAUCAUCCAGUAUGUAGAUCACUGUGUGGUAUUCAUAUAGUCAUGUUAACGAGUAUUGUCUGUUAUGGACCAUUUUGAACAUUUGUCCUUCGUUAAUUUAUGUAGCAGGCUUGGAAUAAAUGUAGGGUUUGACUUAGGAUUUGAUCACUAGGGGACAAUUUGUCCUCUUAGCAAAAGUUUUAGGGGUAAUAGAGCAUGACUGAAACACGACUUUAGAAUGAACUUUAAACGGGUGAUAAAAUAUACUUUUCAUGUUCUGUUUUAGCUUGCAAUUUCUGUAUUGAAAUAAAACUCUUUGUGUGUGCUUCCUUUUGAGUUUUUUCCAUAAAUUUUGAAGGGACAAAUUGUCCCAUUGGCCAUUUCAUUAAGGGACAAUUUCAAUUGCAGUGCGGGAUUUGCACAAUGGCGCAGCCUGGCUCAAACCCUGUAAAUGGCACUAGUAAUAUUUCCUAACAUUCUUUGAUAAUCCGUAGGUGCUUUUUUAAGCAAGACUGUGUUACCAUGCAUCUUCCUGCAAAUAUUGGUAAGUUUUAAAAAAGAGAGGAAGACACUUGAGACAAAUUUAAUCAUAGUUAAUCCUCUUACAUUUAUGAUAAUUGAAAUCUUUUACUGUACUGUAGUUCCAGAAAUAUAGAUAAACUACUCUCUCUUUGAAUGGGUUUCACCAAUCUCUCAUCCCUCUUAAAUCUGUAAAGUAAAAGGAUAAACUUAUUUUCAUGCAUUUAGGUGCCACUAACCUCAAAAAAGUUUUUUAGAUAAAAGAAAUGGCCUUGUUUCACCCACCAACACAGUGAAAGAAGUAUUACAAUCAAAUAAAACCUUGCAAUUCUACAAGCAGUCAAAGCUCAAUUUUUUAUGUUCAUGACCAUGUAUCUUUGGACCUGGUUUGAGGAAGAUUGUUGUUUCAUUCACACUUCAAGGAUGCAGUAAAAAACUUAAAGAUGGGCUCCCUUUUUCUAAAUAUCAAGGACCUUCCAUAAAGUACCAAAGAAAGCCAUGUCAUCUAGAGACUCAAACUCGGACAGUUUCUCAAACACAGACAGUGACUUUAUCACUCUGAAACAUCCAAAGCUUCUAAUCUAUUGGAAUACGACACAGAGAUAGGGGAAAUCAAAGGCGUUCCGAAAGCAAAGCGUCAGUGAAAUGGAGUCAAGAAAUUCCUGACACUACGGAGAAAGAAGUCUAUCCAAUAAGCCUAAGUUAUGAUGCAAGGGCAGACAUCAUGAUGGAUGAAGAUUUUAAUUCAAAUAUCUAAACUUGAUCAGAGAAAAAGCAGAGCACAACCUUGUAGGAGCACUGAUGAAAUUUCACCACAGAAGCAUUGCAAGACUUACAACAAAGUUCAGGAAACUAGAGCAAGCAAAAACUAGAAAGAUAAAUGUAAAUGUAAAUGUACUUUGAAAUCAUGUAUAAUCACUGGCCAUAUAUUCAAUCAAUUUAGAUGCAGUUGAUGUAAACAAAUUAGCUGGAGAAUUGAAAUCUAAACUGAACUGGGGAGACAAGCUUCUUGUAACUUUGAGAGCACAAGCAGGCAAUAGAGAAGUUGAAUCUUGUUUGAGUGCAUUCUCUGCCUCCUCAGAAAUAAAAAACAAGGGUGAAACAUAACCCAAAUAAAAAAAGCUGGUACAAAUCACAAAAGAAAACAUAGACUAAAAUAGACAGAUAAAAGAUUGAUUCUCUUACCAAAGUAAAAGUAUGGGUUUGACAUAGUAAAUAACAGCCCAUAUCUGGCCAGACCAUGACAUGGAACUGAUAUGGUGUCCAGUUUUGUGAAAUGUAAGAUAUGGAAACUGUAAUGGAAGCUGUAUAGGUUUUUAUGCUCAGGCUGAGUUUUGUAUGGGAAAACUAUGGGAAUGGGGUGCCCUUAUGUAUUCCAUACCAAUGGGUAUUUUACUUGCUUUUCUUCAGUAUGGAAAUAAUGCAGGAUUCUCACAUUCCAUGGAAAAACUAUGGAAAAAACCUACCCAUAGGUUUCCCAGAGGAGUGGCUGAUGUAUACUUGCCUUUCUUUUCGUAUGCAGAUGAUAUGAGGUAAUAUGCUACAUAAGAAAACUGUGGGAAUAAGGUGCCCAUAGGUAUCGCAUAGCAAUUGUAAAUUUACUCAUUGCAAAACUCAAUCCUUUUGCAUGGGAAAUGCUGAGGUACUGCACUCAAUCCACAGCAGUUAUUUCCUGUACACAUUUUUGUACACAAAAUUCAAUACUUCUUGCACACUUUUUUAAAGUACUAGUUUAUUUUACAGACUCAAGGAUAUGAGUCAUUUCUCCAUUUCCAAAUCUGAGAAAGUGAUUGAAUACUUGAUUGAUACAAUUAAAGCUGGACAAAACAUGAGAACCAAAUGGUAACCUUGAGGCACUAUGAACACACAAUAUCUGCAUGACAUGUGGACAGGCAUGGGUAAUGUCAGGAGGUGGUGUGGAGUUCUCCAGAUCCUGUGAUUGAACAUUUUGCAUUUUAAGCUCUGCUAAAAGUUGCAUGGAAUUUGACAAGGUGACAAUGAUUUCACUCAGCAAUAAAUGUUGCACCUUGGAAAUAAAAUACUUUUUUUCCAAACUUUUUUAGGUCUGCAAAACUACACAUAGAUUCCAAUAUCUUAAUCUUUUUAAAAAAAUUUCAGAAUCUGUGUAAACCCUAGAUUAUGCGAUAUCACAUCAGUACAUGGUCUAUAUCUGUCCUAUAGCACCCACCUUGGUAAGGGUUCACACAAGCAGUGCAUCAAGAGCCCAUCAAAUGAAAAACUGACAGAUGAAAAAUUAACAUCUAAUAAAUCUACCUCAGAAAUAACAUUUUUCCACACAAAAGUGUGCAAAGACUUAGAGACUAUCAGAGAAUCAACAGAGAAUCAGAGAAUCAACCCUGGACAAACAAACACAUUACAAGCAGCACAGUGAUGGAGAAAUGGCGCUUUAUUCAAAACCAAUGGCACUCGGGAGCAAUAUUUAAGGAGCCACCCCAAUCAUGAUAUUGAAAACAAAAGUCAUUAAAAGGUAUCCUGGCCAGACUUACACAUAAACUUUGAAGGCAGAGGAUUUAAAAUUGCUUGGGAAUGGCAAGAGUUGCACUGGCCUGUCAACAUGAUUAAGAGAAGUUGACCUAUUUUCUUCUGGGUUUUUUUGCUUCAAGGUGGUUGUCUUCAGAAUACAGGAAGGUAUGAAGAGUGAACUAUCCUCUAAGGAAGCUGUAUCACUGCAGUCUUCCACAACACACCCUUCAUGCACAAUUCUAUGGUUCUUUCCUAGGUUAAAGUGUGACUGCUUUCUCACUAAAUGGUAUUAUUAAUGUUAAAUUGGUCCCAGGUUGAUGUCUUGAGCCAACCUGCCCUAUUCCCCCCUAUUUCUUGGUUGUGAACAUGAAGGUGGCCAAUUUUGGAUCUUUGAAUAUUCAUUUGAAAAAUAAGGAUAAUAGAUGUGACCUUAAUAUUUUGGACCUUGUUAUCAGUAUAUAAGACAAGGAAAUUUAUAAUGUGGAAAACAAAUUUUGGGGGUUAGUGGCACAUUAACACUUUUAAGUCCCACUAUUAGUAAAUUAAAAGGCAAAAAUUCCAAAAAUGGUUCAGGUUUUCUGUUUCAGAUAUAAAUUUUACAAAAAGGGAGAAAAAGCUCUCUCAAAUGCCUGGUUUCUUCAUAGUAUACUUCCUGUAGUAUAGUAUACUAAAUCAGUAUAGAAAUUGUUUUCUAAUAGGAAUAUUUUCAUGUUUUAAAUUUUUAUGUCAAUAUAGGUGACUACACUGACUUUUAUUCCUCUAAAAAUCAUGCAACAAAUGUUGGUACAAUGUUUAGAGGAAAGGAUAAUGCUCUGAUGCCAAACUGGUUAGUAUGUUAUAGUUAUAGAGCUUCUACUUAGAAUUGAGCUUGUCAAAAGUAAGGUGCAAAUUUUUUUUAUCUUGCAUAAGAAAGGAUCUUUGGCUAACUGUUUGUAUUUUUUGUUUCAAAACUGAAAUGUAAAAACAACAAGAAAGGAUACCUCCAAAAAUGAAAUAUCCAACAGCUUUUUAUCAGGUUUUAAAUUGUAUACAUUUGAAAAAAUGAUAUUCUAUUUUCAAUAAAUGUUGUAAGAAUUUGGGUGCGUUAUAAGUUGUAAUUUAUUGAUAAUUUUCAUAGAUAAUUAGAAUGAUGAUGAUGACCAUGACUAUGUCAAUGAUAAUGGGCCCUGAUAAAAAUGUAUGUCUGAAAUACAAUGAAAGUAUUUGUACACUAGGAACAACUGAACCUGGAUGAAAGUUGUCCUUAUUAAGUUUAUGAAAGAAGAGAAAGUGCUUUUUUUGGCUCUUAAAUGUCAAACACUCUUCCAUUAGAAUUGAGAUUGAGUUCGAGUGAAAUUCUAAAUAAAUGUUUGAAGACUUAAUGUGGCUUAAUUUAGCUUGUGAUGUACACUUUUGAUUUCCAGCAUAUAGAUACAUCUUUUUCGGAAAGAUAUGAGCCUUAACUUAGUUCAUGGAAGUGUUUUUAGGUCUAACUUUGAAUAACAAUUUUUGAUCCAGGUUGAACCUAAGACUAUAAACUUGUAGAUGGUUUUUCAAAGUUUUAUUGUAUAACCAGCAAGCUGUCAUGAUUAUAAAUUAAACUCCAUGCUACAAUAUUUUAUUUAAAUUAAUUUUGUUGUUAUUGAUUGUUAUUAGUUAUGAUUAUACUCAUUUAUAAAUUAUUUGAAAGAUAUGGUAAAAAUGAUGUGGUGACAUAUUUAUUCUCUUAAACUUUAAAACUAGCUACAUGUAUGCAAUUGAUAACUAUUACAAGUGGUCAAUAUCACUCAAUAUAAAGUCAGAUGAAAAUUUUCCUAGAAAGUUAUUUGUAUCAAUAUAACAUUACAUACUACAAUGUUUGGUGUCAAUAUCACAGGGUUCAUCUGCCAGUUGGAUAUCAUGGCAGAGCAUCGUCAGUUGUAGUAUCAGGUACUCCUGUGAGACGUCCUGUUGGUCAGACUAGGCCAGAUGAUAGUAAGUGAAGUAUAUGAUGCUAUAUUUACUGAGUAUUUACAAAAAAAACAUUUUUUAAAAUUCUUGCCAAAGCUCUGCUCCAAGGAUUAUUGACCACGAGAGGCCAUUAAAAUGUACACUAGGUAAUGUUCAAUGAACACACCUUUCAUCUCCUCCUGGCCUUUGUAACAGAGGUCUUGUAGUAAGUGAGUCUAAUGACCUGUCUGCAGCAAUAUUUCAGAUUGGGUGGGUUGUUCAGAGGUUAUUUCAUGCUUCAUAUGGAAAAAAUUUUUUGUCAGUUUGGUUGAUCAAUGUUGUGAGGUUGAUCAAAAUGGCUUAAAACAGUUUAAAAAGCUUGGGAAGUCACUAUUGUCAUUUAAAGAAAGACAAGUUGAGCAAGGUGUGCUUGUGUGAUAGAUGGCAACCCUAAAUGCUGGAAUGGUGGAAUGGUGGAGUGGCAGAAAAUGACUCCAAAUCCUAAAACAUGGAAUGGAUAUCGUGUUGCACGAACUGUUUGUACAAAGACAUGAAAGUGUUUGGCACAUUCAUCCCCAUGACGAUAAUGGACAUGACUAAAAUUAAGAGUUAUUAAUUUUUUUCUUUUAGUGAGUGGUAUGAAUGAUAAUGAACCAUUAUGCAUGAAAGAGGGCUGCCUUUUUGCAUUAAAAAACCUGGUUAAUUGCCUUUUAUUAUGCUAAAUUUGCCAGAGUUUUAGUCACGGCAUAAAAAGUUGCACAGCAUGGGAAAACCAACUUGACAUACCACAUCACAAUAAACAAUUGUGACCUUGAUACAUUUCGUGGUCAUGCCUGCAUUGAUUUAAAAAUAGUAAUGUACCAUAUGCUUGUAAAUGUGUGAACACCACAGGAAUGUUGUCAAGCUUCUCAAAAUAUAACAACAUUCAGCUCCAGCUCCAAACUUAGACUAGCGUGUGAGCAAGCCCUUAUUACAAGCCCUUCAAUAUGAACGUUUCUUCAUCCAUGAAUAAGUUUUAGGGCUUGAGUAACACUAGGUGAAGAGAGGUUAGCAGGGGGUCAUGUGCAUGGGAAUUUCUCAUUGUGUGAAAAGACAAAAGAAAGUUAACAGGCAGUAGCCAUCAAGAAGAAUUUGAAGAAUUUCUUCACAACUAGGUGCCCAAAACACCACUAUCCUAUUAUGAAAUUUACAGCGUACAGAUCAGUGGUAGAAAUAAACUUUCUGGAUGAAAAAGAGGCUAUUUCACCGAUUUGUUUAAUUUGCAUAGUGGGAGUAGAUCCUGAUCAGCAGAACCCCACUAACUCAAACCUGAUAAAUUCAAAACCCCUGCUUACUUGAACAAGACCUGAUUUCCCUUGGAUUUUACCCCAUUUUUUCAGUCAUUUGCUAACAGGAAACUUGAGCUUGGGUAAAGUGAAAAUGACAGUCAAUAAACAUCAAAGUGUCAGAAAAUAACUGAUUGGCACAUCCCAUUCUUUAAUCAUGCUAGAAAUGAACAUGGUAACAUGAUUAGUAACUUUAAAAGAAAAGCAAUACAGGAAGCUCAAUUUCCCAAACUGUACAAUCUCAUAAAAAAGGCCCUUAUAAGACAAACAAAUCUGCAAAAAUGACUGUUUAUUGUGCAAAAAUAGUCAUUUUCCACUGUUCCGUGUUUUAGGAUUUGGGGUCAUUUUCCAUUGUUCCAUGUUUUAGGAUUUGGGGUCAUUUUCCACCAUUCCACUGUUCCACCAUUUUGGCUUUUAGGGUUGCCCUGAUACACUGGCUAUGGACCACUUUUACAAAUGGUGAGCAUGAUUAUUACUCACAUUAUAAGCAUGUACAUCUGCCCUCUUGGCCUCUUUUUAAGUGAAAACUCUUAUGAAUCACUUACACGGAUGUGGUCUUCUAUUGAAGAAGUGGCUGAAUUAAAAAGCCUGGACUUUGGCAAAAAACCUCUUGCAUAUCCAUGAACACAAACAGAAGAUGUUCUUUUAUCUCUAAAAGGAGAGAAAAUUUGAUUUUCAUCUCAUUUAUUUGCUAUUUAACAAUUGGUUCAUAAAUCAGCAUGCGUUCAUUGAGAUAUGAAGCAUGCAGGAAGUUUGGAGAGCACAAAAGAUGUGUAAGAGUUGCUCAAGGCGUAGCGGAGAGAAACUCUAGCUUCUUGAGUGCUCUCCAAACUUCCCAAGUGCUUCAUAUAUUGAUGAACACACAGCUGACAUAUGAACCAAUUGUUUUAUAACAUUUUCAACCCAAUGGAAAAUUUUUUUUCUCAAGGGAUUUGUUUGCUGACAUCAUGAGUGUGCACAAUAAGAAUAUGAAGCAUGCUUGCUUCAGUUAUAAUGUGUCUUGAUUCAUUAUUCUAAGGGUUCAAAAGUGAGAAUGGUGCAAAGAGAAGAAAACAAGCUACAGUAAUAAUAUUGUCUCCUCUCAUUUUUCUCAACAUUUUGAUGUGUUUGUGACAAUUGAGUGGCAAUUGAAAAUAGCAUUCUUUGAUUAAAAACACAUUAAACAGGUCAUUUUGUUGAAGAGGAUUCUGGAUGACACAGAGUCAUUCAUUUGCUGAUUUUGGAUAUCAGUAUCCUGGCCACUGACAUACAGUAUCAUUUUCUACCAUUAACUGGCAUUCUGGUUCUUUCUAUGUUCACAGCCAAACCUCCUGUUUUUGGUCCAUGUAAAUUACUUGACUUUGAGCUGGAAAUGGUUUGUAUAAUGUACUAAUACAUACAGUAUACGGUCAAAUAUUUCAUUGUAUCAGUAUCAAGCACAAUUAAGGGUGAAAAUUUUUUAUAACAGGCAUUCUUUUGUGGACCUGGAAACAAUCUUGGUGAGCCUAUUGCUAUGGAUAAGGUAUUGUUUGUGAAAAUGUUUUGUGGAUGUCUUAUUCACCAUGUUUUAUGGGCUAAAAUGAAGAAUCACCUGAACCCUUGUUUAGUGGUCUAUAAGGGUAUAUAAUGGUCAGUUUUCAAGCCUAACAUUAAAAAAAUUUGACUUUCAAUCUAACUUGCUUGAAACUAAGAGCUAAUGUUCAAACAUUCAGCUGCACGAUAAUGGAGAUUGCAUUUUGGUGACAUGUAGAGUAAUCAUAUUGACAAUCAAACUUUUUAAAGCUGCUUUAAUUGAUAUGCAAUAGUGCAGAGCCAAUCACAUGAAAUGUUUUUAAAUGUUACAUAGGCUGAGGACCACAUAUUUGGAAUGGUUGUGAUGAACGACUGGAGUGGUAUGUAAAGGCACACCAGACUUAAUUUUUUUUAUGAAACUUAUGCAUUUGUUGUCAGUGAGGAAAAUAAACUAAUACUGUAGCCAUGUAGAGCCACUUGUGCUUUAAGGUCAAAGCAUACCUCUUAUAGUAAACAGUAGACCUGAGAUGUAAUUGUUUUGAGGGCUGACUGUUCUUAUGUAUGAGCUAUGGCAAGAUUCCCACCAAUGACGGUGAACUUAAUCUGUACCAAGUGUUGAUUUAUUCAGUCUUUCUAAACAUAGAGAACACAAAAGAAUAGAACAUAGGUUAAUUGUGUGUAGAAUUGACAGUUGUUCCUGUAUUGGUACAGUGACCUGCUCAGUUUUAAUUAAAAAAUCAAAGAUGGGUAUCAAGGAAGAAACUGUAAGUAAUGACUUUCUAAUGUAAAUUAUAUUAGAACUCAGCACAUCCUCAGCACUUCUUUAACCUGUUACACCCCAACAUUAGUAUUUAUAGUGCAGCACUGUUCUCUUUAUGUCUCCUAUGGAACUGUCACGGGGAAUAAGUUUGACACUCAGGAACCCUCGCAUUGGUGAUCUUGAUUCAAGGGUGAUGGUGUAAGGAAAAAGUAGAAGCUAAACUCAAAGUAGGUUUAACGUGCUAGAUAGAGACAAAUUGAAGCGUAUCAUCAUCACUAAUCUUCUAUAUGUUUUGUUAUCAUUUAUCCAUUGCAGCUCGUGACAUACAGAAGUGGGAAUAUGUACCAUUGGGUCCAUUUUUAGCCAAGAAUUUUGCAACAAGCAUCUCACCUUGGGUGGUGACAAUGGAUGCUCUUCAAGAAUUUGCUUUGGCCAAUUCAAUUCAGGUAGCUGACUCAUGAUACUUGUGAUUUUCCUUGAAAAGAGAAGUGAUAAGGGCUGAAAUGCUUGUGAUUUCCCUCGAAAAGAGAAGCUAUAAGGGCUGAAGUGCUGCUUGAACUCUAAUUUUUUUAAUACAGAGUACAGAUUCUAAAGGCAGUCUUCAUGAUGUUUAACUUUGUUUUUAGACCUCUUUUUUUUUUACUUUAUUAUGAUGGCCCCUAAACAUUUGAUAUAUUCACAUCAGAAAUAAAAUUCAGACGACUUGAAACAGAAAUGUUAGAAUAUAAUAUUUUGGUCACAAUAGGAAGGAGAGUAUAAUACAUACACAAUGUAUAUUCCCAAAUUAGCAAGAAAAGGUGAAGAGUGAUUUCUUGUUAGGUUUUAUAGCUGAGAACCUUGUUUUGAGGAAGGAACUGUUGGUGCUUCUCAAUGUUAUUUUACUGGUUUUCGUUUUUAGGAUCCAGCUCCUCUACCUUAUCUUCAGCACACAGACCCUUACACUUUUGACAUCAAUUUGCAAGUUGCUUUACAAUGUAUGUAGAACUAUUCAAUAAUAAUAAGAUCAUUUGGAGUUAACAACGUACUAGUUGACAAUGUAAAUUGGCCACCUUAAAGAGUCUCUUAAAAUGACGUUUUAAGAUACCACAUCAAAAUAUGAGUAGUGACUCUUAACUGUGAACCUCUACCCUUGGGCUAUUCUUAAUGGCACAGAAGGCCCAUUCAUGGAAAAAUUAUAGUUAUAUUUUAGAUUCAUUAUUACAUGAUUGGCUAUAUUUGUAAUGGGAAUAUCUUGACAAUUCCUCAAAAGCCUGGAUGCGCUUUUGUUUUCAAGGUGAAAACGCUAAAGCACCUGUGACAAUCUGUUCCUCGAAUUUCAAGGUUAGUUUUUAACUUUCAGAUAACAUAGAUACAACACACGCUCUCAUUGGUCGAUAGGUUUGUUUAGGUGAGAGUUUCAUAAUGAAUACCUGAUUUCGCGAUUUUGGCAAGACACUUCUGCGUCGGAUUUUAUUUGUGCGAUUUCAACACGCAAAUAUGAAAGUGGGGCAUUACAUUUAGCGAUUCAAGCGUUCUCGACCUCAUUUUACUUUUCAAAAUACCUUAACUUUUGACGACUGCACGAAAGAUAGUCGAGGGAGUUCGUACGAAUCUAGCGAUUCAGAUGACUAGUAAGAUGACUGCUACAUUUCCUACUCCAUAUGCGAAAUACACACAAAUUAACGUCAUUUCACAACAGAAGAUACAAAAUAGAACACACCAGUAAGACCAGUUAAUUAUUAGUUUUUUGUCGAUGCCUGUCUUUCUGUUGUUGCGAUUUCAUGUUGCUCAUUUUUUUUUCUGUGAUGUAAAUUUUCGGGAGGGGAUUUAAUUUCGCGUGUUUAAAUUUCGGGAAGAUCUUUAAUUUUGCAUUGUAAAGAAAUCGCGGAAAGUAUCACUAAGAUAACUUUCCCAUCCACGUUCUUUAGUCAGUCGGCUCUUCGAAGCACAGCUGAAGUUAGCCUAGUCUCCAACUGGGCAGAGGAUAAAUUAAAAGAAUGACGGCCUGAUCUCCUUUCAUGCGCACUUUUGUCCUAGACAUAAAAUAAACCAUGGCGCUAGCUUUGAUAGUUAACGAGUAUGAAUGUUUCGCCUAAAAAUCUAAACAUGCAUAUAUGUAUCGAAUUCAUGGCAAAAAUGUGCAUGGUUAAGGUUAACGAACUCUCAAAUAGAAAAAUGACAAGAAUUCCGUAAAGAAGUAAUACCAUUCUCCCUGUUCCCGUUUACAACUCAGUGAGAUAGGUUUCUCAUUUUUGUAUAUUCGUUUGUUUGUUUGUUUCUUUAUUUUGAAUUAUCAACCUUAUACUAAAAGUUUGUCAUUGUCUCAGCAUAUGUAUUGGACACCUAAACAACAGUUAGUUCAUCAUACAGUGACUGGAUGCAAUGUUCGACCUGGAGACCUGAUGGGCUCUGGCACAAUCAGUGGAACGGUGAGAUGACUGUAUGGUAAACGUAUGAUAUUCAUAUAUUUACAGUCGGUAAGAUAACUGAUAGAUGUAAAUUUGACUUUGUUUUCUUAAAAUUAACGUCAAAUAACGUCAUCAUCAGGUCAGAGGAGAGUAGUCAGUCUGAAUGAUAAAGGCUGAAAUUGCGUCGUAAUUUUGUCACACAAACGUCGUUCUGGUUUAAUGGUGAAGUUCUUCUUACUACCGUACUGAAUUUCUCUCUUAUUUUACAACCAGUACGUGGAUUUUUAUGUUAUCAAAUCACUCGCCUUGACACGUUUCAUAGAGUAACUUUUUAAAUCAUGAAGUUGUUUUGUUUCCAGACCCCUGACUCCUAUGGCUCAAUGCUAGAGCUUUCCUGGAAGGGUACUAAACCCGUGGAUCUGGGAGAAGGAAUUACACGGAAGUUCCUACAGGAUGGAGAUGAAGUGAUUAUGACGGGAUAUUGUCAAGGCAAUGGCUACAGAGUUGGGUUUGGAGAGUGCAGAAGUAAAAUUUUACCCGCUUAA